AUCAACAUGGCAAUGGCCUUGUACUGCCUCCCCUCAUCAAAUCUCAAUACUCACAGCUUCACCUCCACAAGAGACGUCUUCAUCCACCAUCAAUCGAAGAGAAGAUUGCCAACAACCGGCGGCGCCGGUCUCGGCACGAGCCGAGCUGCAGUGUCCAGAAAUGGAACCGCCGCCGCCCAGGCAUUGGGGGGCUACGAGGAGGGGAAGCUGGAGAGGCCGCGGUGGACGGGAGAAUCGCCCCUUUCUCGGCUCGUCGGAAUCCUAAUUUCCUUUAAGCCUCUCUACUCGCUGCUCAAGCUUGGCGCCAGACAAGUCUUCAUCAGGUUCUCUCGCCUCUUACUUCUUAUGAUGUUUUGCGUAGUAAAUACAGAAAUGCAUCACAUUUUUAGGAAGCAUAUACUUCGUUUCUUCUGUACUGGGUAAAUUGCUUACCUGCUUACUCCCAAUUCCAGUGUGCAAAAGUAAUAAGUGAAUUCAAUAGAUCAUAGCAUUUCUGGUUCUGAAUGAUUGUGUAAAAAAACAUGUGAAUGUGUUGUAUUAUUUGUUAUGGUUGAAUGGGAACAGCACAGCAGAGAAGAAUAGCAUUCCAUGGAGGGAGAUGACAAAGGGAAUGCUGGAAUCCGAUGUCUACAAAGAGAUGGAAAUCAUCGAAAAUCAAUCUAUUCAGUACCCUGACUAUUAUGUCAGUCCUUUUCAUGCUUAUGAUGAGGGCAAUCUUUCUUGGCUGGCAGCUGCAGAAGCGGAGCCUGCAACAAUGGCGAUGGAGUUGCGAGCUAUACCUAAUGCCAAGUCACUCGACGAAGCUUCUCAGAUUGUACGGGGGAACUGGCUCGACACAAUUGAGAAACAUCAUGAAAAAUAUUCCGGAGGUGUAGAAAUUGGAGACAUUCUUGAUAUUGGAUGCUCUAUUGGUGUGAGCACCAGAUAUCUAUCUGAUAGAUAUCCUUCUGCUAAUGUAUGUGGACUUGAUCUGUCACCUUACUUUCUUUCCGUCGCUCAAUUUAAGGAACAGAAUAGAGCUUCAAAAUUAAAACCUAUACAUUGGAUUCAUGCAAAUGCUGAAGACACUGGCUUGCCCUCACAAUCAUUUGACCUUGUCUCCAUUUCUUAUGUGUUUCACGAAUGCCCCGGAAGAGCAAUUCGUAAUGUCGUGAAGGAAUCUUUUCGGUUGCUUAGGCCCGGAGGAACUUUUUCUGUAACAGACAACUCGCCAAAAUCAAAGAAACUUCAGGAACUACCACCUGUGCUCUUUACAUUAAUGAAGAGCACCGAGCCUUUUCUGGACGAAUACUACUUGACUGACAUGGAGGGAGUGAUGAGAGAAACUGGGUUCGUUAAUGUGAAUAGUAUCUUGACUGAUCCCCGGCACGUAACUGUCACUGCCACUGUCCCUUGCUCUUAACAACACAGUAUGUGAGUAUAUAAGUGUUUUCUCCCCUAUCUAUUUAUUAGUAUAUAAGAGUGCCAUAUUAGACUCUAAUGUUGAGUUUUAUAAUUUGUGAGAAUUAUUGUAGUAAUCUAGUCUAUGAGCCGGGAUCUCCUGAAAAUGGUUUUUUGUUGUAGAUUUGCCUAAUGAUUUUUAUGAUUAUUUGUAUAAGUUUGAUUUGAUUCUGUUCAAUUUAGUCAUUGUAUUCCAAAUUAACGAUUAUGCUCCCAUCUAAUGCCUCUUAUGCCAUAAAAUUCAUAAAUAUUU